UAGAUAUCAAGGAUAGAAGGAUUGAAUUAUAUAAAAUAAUAGACACAGAAAGGUUAGGUCGGAUCUCGAUAUUCUCGUCACUUGGAUAGCAAUGAUGCAUUGCUAGAUGUCACUCAUUACUUAUAUAUCUAAAAUGUUGUUUUAGAGACAUUGUCAACUUUACGAGAACCUAUUGGGUCACACACAUAGAUAACAUAUUGAUUUGGAGAUAGGUUUAUUUUAGUUUGACUAAAAUGCUAUGGACCUUAAGAUUAGCAGGUUGAUCCAAAUGAAUCUGGAUUACACUCAAAUGAAUUCGGAUUAGACUCAUUGGAUUAAUGCAUUAGACUCAUUGGCUUAUUAGGUUAAUGAUUUAUUGGAUUAAUAGUUAAUUCAAUAUAUUAACAUUCAACCCACUAAAGAGGAUUACUGUUCAUCAAUAGAGAUUAAUGGAGCAUUCAUGAAAAGGGAGACCAAAAGGCAAUCAUUGGACGAGGACAAAAGUCAUUGGUAAUGCAUUUUUCGGGCAUGAUUUUUCUAGUCUUCUUCCUCUUCUUCUCUUGGUCGAACACCUUGCUAUUGCUAGCACAAUGAAGGUUGUUCUUUUCCGAAGGCUGAGUUCAUACGACGAACGAAGGAUGUGUUCGUGUGGAUACUGAAGAGGCGCGACCAUUCUGAUCCCGCUGAGAUCUACCGAAUCAAAGUUGCUGCCGGGAUUGUCCCGUCCACACAAUAAAGGUAACAACUCAAUCAAACUAUGUAUACUGUAUUCGCAUGAAUCUCUAGAGGGAUCAAUUUUUUCAUUGCAAUAUAUAUAGGAUAGUGAUAUCCUGAGUGUUUGCCUGUAGCCCGUGAGCAUUACUCAUGGGCGACUCUCACGGCUGAGCGCCCAAAAAUGAAUUGCUUCUGGGCGCUUGUAUAUAUAUAUAUAUAUAUUGAGAGAGAGAGAGAGAGAGAAGGCAUCUGUUGUCACCUCCCCCUGUGCGAUUGAGAAAGCCUACCCACAUGGCAAGCGUCGGUCAAUGCUUCCACAUGAGUAGACUCUCUCAGUCGUGCAGGGGAGGUGGGCAGCAAAUCAACUUCUUACGGGGUUGUUAUCCUGUCUGACUCAUUGUGCACGUCUGUCGUGGCAUCCAAAAGUGAUCCAAGCGCCCCAAAGUGAACGAACUCGGGGCGUCUAGAUCACUUCUGGAUGCCCUGACCACACAGUCGUGGACGGCAGGCUUGCACAGCGAGUCGAGUAGGAAAUCCUAUAUAUAUAUAUCAUGAUUCAUAAUUUGAUCCAUCUUUAUUUAUGCCAGUGUCAUGAUUCAUAAUUUGAUCCCUGCAACUUUGUUUAGCAGAUUGAUGUAUUAGAUCUUCUGGUGCCAUUUCUUUUGUUCUUGGAUGAAGAAGCUGAAGUGACCCAACAUCCUUUCUAUCUGGUGCUCUUGUAGUCAAGUAAACUUUUCUUUAGAAAAUUUUGGAGACGUAUUAUCCUGAUGGUGAAUCAAUCUUUUAGUUGAUAGAUGAUAUUACAGAACUUUUAACUCACUUUUGUUUUUUUUAAUUAAAUUUGGAGAAAGCACUGGGCCACUAAGUGGUUACAUCUUUGUCUUAUAUUUUUAACUUCUUGCAGCUUUAUUUCCAUCAAAGUGAGUAGAUGCUCAUGUUAUGUUUUGUUUUCUGCAUUCAUGUCUUCCAUUGACCUGUGUGUGUGAAGUCAACUUUAUAAAAGCUGGUUCGAUUAGAAAGUCCUGAGAUGAAAGGCACUUCCAUAAAGUAGGAUAUAAAGAAAGAUUACUUUUCUAUCAAAACAUAUUUCGCCAAGAGUAUGUAUACCAUUCUGUUAUGUUUAAACAAUGACCCAUUAUUCAAGUAGAGAGCAUCAUUGCUCUUGUGUUGCUUUAGCUCUUUGGAUUUUUCUUAUCUUAGAUAGGGAUAGAAGUAGAGUGGGAAUCACAUUUUUUUUAAUGCUACAUUAACUCUUUGAAUGAUAAACAGGUAUUUGAAUUCUUUUUUUUUUUAAUCUUGACUUGGAGGUUAUGAGAAUAAUUUUCUUUUGGAUUACAAAUGAUAGAUUAAAUCCCUAUCAACAUUGUUGUUAUACUGAUUUGUGCCCUACACAUUAAUAAUAAUUCUUCUGAAUUUAAUUCACUUACUAUUACUUACUCAUGCAUACAAUACUUAAACCGUCUAAUAAGUAACUCCUGAAAUCCAAAUUAAAAAUGAUAAUCAAGCGGAUACUUCAUUCAACAACAGGAUGAUCUGUGCCAUUAUUUGGUUAAAUUAUGUGCAAACUUAUUACAUGUUCAUACCACAUGCAUUACACAACAAUAAACUACAUGGUUUCUAUAAUACACAUGCUUUGAAUCAUGCCCAACUUAAUCAUGAGCAACAUUUAGAUGACAAUUUUAUCUCAUCAACAGAAGGUGACAAAUCCUCGUUGCCAAGGCAGGGUAAGGCAUCCUAUUCAUAUAUCUCCACCCCCAAAAGCAGCAAAGCAUGGCAUCAUCCUCAUUACCUGAAACAAGAAUAUUACUUAAUUUCCAUGAUCAAUCAUCUCUAUCUCUAUAAAUAAUCCCACAGGUCACCAACAAGCAUCGCGUUUGUCCAUAUAUUAAUUGACUUUUAAUUCUAUGUUGUUCGCAACACUUGAUAAAGUAUUCAUCAUUUAAUUUGGCAUGUGUUUCCGGUGCCGACGUCGCCGGUCGGCGUGGAACGAGUACAGGGUGUGCUUCUUCUUCCGACUCCGAUUCAGGCCGGCAUCAGUUGAGCCGCCGGAAGCGAUCAAGAAGGAGUUCGAUGAGUACACCAAUGAUGGCGGGAUGAUGGGAGUCCACGAGCUGGCCGAGUUCCUGGCAAAAGUGCAAGGGGAGCCCGCCGGCACCUCCUUGGAGGCGGCGCAGGCCAUCAUCGAUGGCGUCAGGGAAGUGAACCCCCUGAGGGUGUUCCAGAAGAAGAAAGAUCUUUCACUGGAUUCCUUCUACCAGUUUCUCUUCUCCGAUGACAACGCCGCUCAUCCUCCUCUUGGAGUUUACCAAGAUAUGACUGCUCCACUAGCUCACUACUUCAUCUUCACAGGCCACAACUCCUAUUUAACAGGCAACCAACUCAGUAGCAUUUGCAGUGAUGAACCGAUCAUACAGGCAUUGCAAAAUGGAGUCAGAGUCAUUGAGCUUGAUCUAUGGCCAAAUAAAACACAUACUGGUAUUGACGUGGUUCAUGGAGGGACAUUAACUCACCCAGUGGAACUCAUCAAAUGCCUGACCUCCAUCAAGAAAUUUGCCUUUAAAACAUCUGAAUAUCCAGUGAUCAUCACUUUUGAAGACCAUUUAGAUGCAGGCCUUCAAGCUAUAGUAGCUCAGAUGUUAAUUGAGAUUUUUGGAGACAUGCUGUUUACUUCAGACUCCAAGUCUCUUCAAAAAUUUCCUUCGCCAGAAGAACUGAAAAUGAGAAUCAUAAUCUCCACUAAACCACCGAAAGUGUACCUUGAAUCAUCAUCCAAGGUCCCCAAGGAAGAAGAAGAACAAAAGGGAGACCAAGUGAAGCCAUGGAGUGGAGAACUUUCCGAUCAUGAAGACAAACCCAGUGAUAGACAAGUAACUGAACAUGAUGAUGAAGAAGAAGAUCAGAUAGUAGCGCCUGAGUACAAGAAUCUGAUUGGAAUCGCAGCUAAGAAACUGAAGGGCGAUUUAGGGGCUGCUCUCAAGAUUGAUCCUUUCAGUGUGAGUCGUCUCAGUUUAAGUGAACUGGCAUUGGAGAAAGCCACUCUCUCCCAUGCAACAGAACUUGUGAGGUUUACUCAGACGAACUUGCUGCGGAUAUAUCCGAAGGGCACCCGAGUUACUUCUUCCAACUACAAACCGUUGCUGGCUUGGACUCAUGGUGCACAGAUGGUUGCACUAAACAUGCAGGGGCAUGGCAAAGAGCUGUGGCUGAUGCAGGGCAUGUUCAGAGCAAAUGGAGGCUGUGGCUACGUGAAAAAACCAGAUAUGUUACUGAAGAAUGAUGAUCCCAAUAAUGUCUUUGAUCCUAGAGCUGCAUUGGAAGUGAAGAAGAUUCUGAAGGUGAGGGUGUACACCGGAGAUGGCUGGCGAUUUGAUUUCGACAAGCAUUACUUUGAUUCUUACUCUCCUCCAGAUUUUUAUACAAGGGUUGGGAUCGCUGGAGUGGGAGUUGAUACUGCAAAAAUGAAGGAAACGCAUGCUAUUGAGGAUGACUGGACGCCUGUUUGGGACGAAGAGUUUGAGUUCCAGUUGAGGGUUCCCGAGCUUGCGCUGCUCCGCGUUGAGGUCUAUGAGCAUGACAUGUCAGACCCCGAUGACUUUGCAGGGCAAACUUGCUUGCCAGUGUGGGAACUGAGGACUGGAAUCCGGUCAGUGAGGCUCUGUGACCAUGAGGGGAAGACACUGCCGUCAGUGAAGCUGCUGAUGCGCUUUGAGAUAGUUGAUGUGGUUUGAGACUGAAAUUGAUCACCGACUGUGAAUAUGAAGAUGAACUAGUUCAUUUAUAUUUGUUCACUAAUUAUCAUCAAAACAACUUCUAAAGACAUCUUUAUUUUCCAUGUUAUAAUUUAUAACUACUGUAACAUACA